GUAUGUAUAUCGAUUGAGUUCUCGAUUAAUCAGUAAGCGCUGAGGCAAAAAUUAUUUCAGUGAAUUGUAACUGUAAGAUUUGUUAAAAGUUGCGUAGCUUAAAAAAGAAAACAAUAACUUCAAUGGCAACGAAAGCGUCUUUAACUAUGAAAAUGCUAGCUAAUCGUGUAGGCAACUUUGUACCCACGGCUUGUAUAAAUAACAUAAGCUUGCUAUGCCAUUCCCAAUCACAUUUGCUACGGGGUUAUACAACGGAAAAGAAAGAGCAAGCGGUAGCUGACGAUGCCACAGCAGCGGACCAGAAAAAAGUGCCACAAUCACUGGAGAUUGAGAGGCUGACGCAAGAGUUGGCGGCAGCUAAAGAGCAAAACAGCGAGCUUUUAGACAAAUAUAAGCGUGCACUGGCUGAUAGCGAGAAUAUGCGCACACGGUUAAAUAAACAAAUAAGCGAUGCGAAAAUAUUUGGAAUACAAAGUUUUUGCAAGGAUCUGCUAGAAGUGGCCGACACACUUGGCCAUGCAACCCAAGCAGUUCCUAAAGAAAAACUCAACGACAAUUCCGAUCUGAAGAAUCUGUUUGAAGGCCUAAGUAUGACACGCGCUUCAUUGCUUCAGGUGUUCAAGCGUCAUGGUCUAGAACCAAUUGAUCCAAUCAAUGAAAAAUUCAAUCCAAAUAUGCACGAAGCACUGUUUCAAAAAGAAGACUCCACUGUUGAGGCAAACACGGUUAUAGAAGUUACCAAGCUCGGCUACAAACUACACGAGCGUUGUAUACGCCCCGCUCUGGUUGGUGUGUCCAAAUGAUAAUACCACGAUGCUCAUCGUUAUCCUAUCUUAUACGCAAGCGACAUUUACAUAGACUAUUUUCCAGUUUGCACUUUGUCUUAUGCUGCUAAAUUCAUGUACGAUACGAUACUAUGUAAAUACAUAUAGGUUAUCCAUAUA